AUGGGUGGCCCUGCUGGGUUGAAGUGGAAUGACCCUCAGACAAAUGAAAACCUCCGAAGUGGUGAAAUGCUGGUUCCUGGGGAUCAAUGGCCUAUCUUUCUGUACGCUCGUAUCCUGAAGUGGCCUCAGCGUGGCCCAACCUCCCUGCAGGCGCAAGUGCAGUGUGCUAGCUCUGCCCUGUUAUGCUUUUCGCCCCCCGGCACACCAAAGGAAGUUGCAUGGCAAAGCGGGCGGAGCUCUGAGGUAACCGAUAUGGCACGGUUAGAGUACUUACCAAUCACCUUGCCGGUCUUGUCGACCUUUCAGGAGGGAUCGUCCGCUUCACUCGCUGCACUGUGA